GCGACGCGUCCUCUGAAUCUCAAUCACCUCAGUGCACCGGACAUUGGAACGAAUACCAUGACCUCUGUGUACUCUUCGCCCGGUUUCGAUUUCUCUAACCAAUUACGAAACAACUUCAUCGCUGAGAAGGGUCUGCCGCUGCCCAGGGCCACGAGCACUGGGACUACGAUCGUCGGAUGUCUCUUCAAAGAUGGGAUUGUGCUCGGCGCCGAUACGAGAGCAACUGCUGGAGCCAUCGUAGCGGAUAAGAACUGCGAAAAGAUCCACUACAUCACAGAUUCCAUACGCUGCUGCGGUGCUGGAACUGCUGCCGACACGGAAUUCACUACUGCUCUUAUAUCUUCGAACAUGGAGCUACACGGACUAUCAACUGGACGUAAACCGCGCGUUGUGACGGCCAUGACUAUGCUCAAGCAGAUGCUAUUCCGAUACCAAGGUCAUGUCGGUGCUGCUCUAGUCUUGGGAGGCGUCGACGUGACAGGCCCGCAUCUCUUCACCAUCCACCCUCACGGUUCAACAGACAAGCUUCCCUACGUGACCAUGGGAUCGGGUAGUCUUGCAGCCAUGGCUGUGUUUGAAAGCGGCUGGAAAGCUGACAUGGAGCGCGAGGAUGCACUCCAACUUGUCAAAGAUGCCAUCUCCGCUGGUAUCUUCAACGAUCUCGGAUCGGGUUCCAACGUAGACGCGUGCAUCAUCACUGCAUCGCAUACCGAGAUGCUCCGCAACGUCGAGAUGCCGAAUGAGCGGGUUCAGAAGGAACGGCAAUAUGGUUUCCGCCGGGGUACUACCGCUUGGAAAACGGAGAACAUCAGGAGCCUUGUUGUUAACGAAGAAGUGACUCUCAUUCCUGCUGGUGAUGAGAUGGACACUUCGUAAUUGGUCAUGUACAAUAUUGCAAAACGAGAUCGAGAUGUCCAACGCCGGCGAUCGCAAUGAGAGGUUCGGACGGUGUUAUCGAAAGUCGUCUAGGCCGAAAAGACUGCACAACUGACAAAAAAGCUACUCUGACAAAGGGUGGAGAAAGCACGUGAGCCCAAUAAGGCAGCUGCCAAAGGCGGUCCCGGUCAUUUUUUUGACUCUCGACCACGAUGGCUCCCUCAGCAUCCAAGCAAAAGCGACUCGCAGAGAAGGCAGCCAAGAAAGCUGCGACCGGAGGCGAUGGCUCUACGACUGGCACACCCACCUUCGGCUCUCGCGAUGGUAGCUCCGCGAACACUCCAUUGACGAGCGUCACUGCUGCGAACAGCACAGAGGACUUGACGAGCAUGGCCAAGCUCGCCCUCGCUACCGAUCGGAGCGCUACUGGUGUCCUGGUAUCCGAUGUCAAGGGACGGGAUAUCAAAAUCGACUCUUACACUCUAUCAUUUCAUGGACGGCUCCUGAUAGAGGGUGCCGAGAUCGCUCUCAACUACGGACAGCGAUAUGGUCUACUGGGUGCUAACGGAUCGGGAAAGUCGACAUUCCUGCAAUCCAUCGGCGCUCGAGACAUCGAGAUCCCGGACCACAUGGAUAUCUACCUCGUGUCCGGUGAGGCCGAACCGUCUGACGUGAACGCGGUGGAUUUCAUUGUGGCCUCUGCAAAGGCCAAAGUCGCAAAACUCGAGGCCCACAUUGAGGAGCUCUCUGUUGCUGAUGACGUCGAUGAGCUGGCUCUCGAGUCCGCAUACGAGAUGCUAGAAGAAAUGGACCCCGCGACCUUCGAGACCAAGGCCGGAAGUAUUCUUCACGGUCUCGGGUUCUCGCAGACCAUGAUGAAGAAGCCCACCAAGGAUAUGAGUGGUGGAUGGCGUAUGCGUGUGGCCCUAGCACGUGCCCUCUUCAUCAAGCCUCACGUUCUACUGCUCGAUGAACCUACCAACCAUCUCGAUCUCGGAGCCGUCGUAUGGUUAGAGGCGUACCUCAGCACCUACAACCACAUCUUGGUCAUCACCAGUCACUCGCAGGACUUCAUGGACAGUGUUUGCACAAACAUCAUGGACUUGACGCACAAAAAGAAACUGGUCUAUUACACGGGUAACUACACCACCUACGUGCGGACCAAGACGGAGAAUGAGGUCAACCAAAUGAAAGCGUACCACAAGCAACAGGAAGAAAUUGCGCACAUCAAGAAGUUCAUUGCAUCUGCUGGAACAUAUGCGAACUUGGUGCGACAGGCCAAGUCCAAGCAGAAGAUUAUCGACAAGAUGGAGGCUGCUGGCUUGAUCGAGAAAGUUGAGGAGAGACGGGCGCUGCGGUUCAAUUUCGAGGAUAUCCGCAAGCUGCCUCCGCCCAUCAUCGCAUUCGACUCUGUGGCCUUUUCUUAUUCGGGCAAGAAGGAGGACUACCUAUAUGAAAAGCUGAGCUUCGGUAUCGACAUGGACUCACGGGUAGCCAUUCUCGGUGCCAAUGGUACCGGAAAGUCAACGCUCCUUCAUCUGAUCACUGGAGCGCUGCAGCCAUGCGAAGGCACAGUUUCCAAGCAUGCUGCCCUGAAGCUGGCAAAAUACUCUCAGCACAGUGCCGAUCAACUGCCCUACGAGCAGGCCCCCAUCGAAUACUUCCAGUCGCUUUAUCAUGAAAAGUUUCCGGAGAUCGACACCCAAGGCUGGCGGUCGCAGCUGGGUCGUUUCGGUCUAUCCGGUGCCCACCAGACUUCGCCCAUCAAGCAGCUCUCGGAUGGACUGCGUAAUCGAGUGGUGUUCUCGCAGCUGGCCAUGGAACAUCCGCACAUCCUUCUCCUCGACGAGCCCACCAAUCAUUUGGACAUGGAGUCGAUCGACGCUUUGGCGCAGGCAAUCAAGGAGUUCGAGGGCGGAGUCGUCAUCGUAUCGCACGACUUCCGACUGAUCUCUCAAGUUGCUGAAGAGUUGUGGGAGGUCGCGGACCACACGAUCAAGAAUUUGACCAAGGCGGACAUCAGCAUUACGGAUUACAAGAAGAACCUCGUCAAGCAGAGUCAGGCUGCAAUCGAGAAAGCCAAACUGUUCAGUAAGACCACAACGAAGAGCAAGGCAUAG